AUGGCAAAAAGCAUCCCUAAGAGCUGGGGUGAACGUCACUUCCAGCUAACGGAAGAAACAGAGCGCUACAGAGUUGCACAGGUAGAAGCAUUUAUUUUGGAGCACAACCUUGACUCGUCGGUUCAACUUCAACUGACAACAACUUGCCGAGGCACAAAAGAGGGUUCGCCUACACUGCCAAGCUACCACAAUUGUUUCGAGAAUAUUUGUGCGUUUUCAGGCUUAAUUGGCGACUAUCAAACCUCAUGCCUCUUUGAUAGGAAGCUCUGCCCACGAAACCCCUAUCCUGCCAUUCCCGAGACAAUUGCCAUGUAUUACCGUUGGAAAGCUGGCAAAAAGGGAGCACUUUUGUACGACAGUAAUAAACUUCCAGUGGAAAACGCAACUGUGAACAAGGUGGCUGGAGCCACUUAUGUGAAGUGUACUGGAGAGUGGAACUCUCCUUCGGGUUUGGAAAAGGCUCGCGCAGCUUUUAGCAAUCUUCAUAUGUUAUACGACAACCUCAGAGGUGUAUACCAACACAGUUGUCCCAACUGCUGCCAUUUGAACCCAAAAUUUUCUGCGAACAAUGUUGACGCAGGAGACGUUGGUAUUUGGAAAUCAUGCAAUAGACAUGCAAGUAAGCCACUCCUGAUUCCACAUGGAAAUGCUGCUACAGCAAAAGUUUCUGUUGAUGCGUUUAACAGUAUCAAAGCAAUUCUUGAAUCGACGCAUGUGGUGAAAGGGAAUGUCCAGCUUAAUCCAAGUCAGGUUUGGCAGCUACAACAAUAUCUGAUUAAUUCAGGUGACUUGUACAAUCAACAGACAUACACUAUUAUGAUUGUGGGAAUAAAACUUUUUCUUCGAGCAGAGGAAGUUCUGUCGAUGAAAAUGGAAGAUUUUGAAAUGAUCUAUGCAGUCAUCCACGACAAUUCCGUCAGGUCGCUUGCAGUCAAGAUCAAAGGGAAGAGUGACUCCAAGCCUGUACUAUUGAAGAUUUGGAAAGAUGACGAAAAUCCUGAGUUCUGCCCUGUUAGAAUUUUAUUUUGCUACUUGAAGGCUACUGGUAUUAAAAGUGGAUAUUUAUUUCCUUCAUGGUUUACUCUAAAGGCAGGCAUACAUGACAAGGGAAACCAUGGACAUUAUUGCAAUCAUAUUAGCUACAAUGAUUGGCUGAACCGUAUGAAGACUGUUCUGUGCAAGACCUUUCCAAAGGAUUUCAACUAUGAUGUUGGCUUUUGUGUUGGCACCCAUACUCUUUGUAAGACAGCAUACCUGUUUGCGAUCUGGGGAGUUUUGCGUAUGUGGACAUCUUCUGAUCCGGGAAAACCCCUUUCCGACAUAACAUAUGCACAAAUUUUGCUGUCGGCCCGGCAUGCUUCUGUGGCACAUGCAUGCUUGUACGUACAGGACUCAUUCACCCUCUUUGACCUUGUGCAGGAGGAGCAAUACCAAGAAUCACAGCGCGUUUCCCCAUGGAAGUCUAUCCUUAUUGUUCAAACACAAGCAGCCAUUGGCAUUGUUGCCCAUUCUCGCAUAAAUCAACAAGAAACAGUUGCAAAGCAGGCAGAUUGGUAUUUCCAAAAGGAAGUUGUCAUGGCCAAUGGAUUUCCAUUCACUAGGUACUAUGCCAUGGCCUGUCGUGCAAAGCCAAACCUGAAUUUGCAGGAGCAAUUUGAUGCUCUGAUUGGGCAUGCUAUGGCAAGCAAGGCUGAUAGGCUUGAAGCUCGCCGCCUGAACACACUCAUUAUCAGGGAUUCCGCAAGGGUGGCAUCACUUGGAGUGUCGGUAGACACCAUGGCUGGCCCUUCAGUUGCACCGGUUCAGAUAAGUCGAAAACGCAUCAGGGCUGUCAGUGGUGGUACGGAUGAUCUUGCGCGACACCGUGCCAGCUGUGGCCAAUUGGAGGUUGCUGGUAGCUCAAAGAAAGCUCUCUUUCAGGAGCUGUUUGAAGUGCACAGCAUCUUCACAACUCGACAAAGCAGUCUUGUCGACGGAGCUAGACGCUGGGCCAGGAAUCGCAGCAAUACUUACUGCAUCAUGAAAGAUUGCAUUGUGAAUUGCUUUGAUGGAGAUGCGGAAUCCUACUUUUCGAGCCUGCCAACAAAGCUUGCCAUCACGAAACACACCUGCACUUGCUCAGAUCGAAAGUAA